AUGGCGCAAUACCUAGCUAAGGUGAGAGAUACCUUACAACGAUUCACUGAGUGGACGAUCGAAAAAAUCAGACGAAUUGAAAAUGGGCGCGUCGAUGCCUUGGCAGAAACCUCCACUUGCAAUACCAUUGAGGCACGCCAACCAGACAGCCAAGAAUGGACGAACGACAUUAUAAAAUACCUCCGGAUAGGCACUCUGCCCGAGGAUGCCAAACAGGCACACAAGAUUCGAGUGCAAGCCGCCCGCUUUACCCUGAUUGGGGGGCACCUGUACAAACGAUCUUUUACAGGUCCCUACCUUCGAUGCUUAAGUCAUUCAGAGGCCCUGUAUGUAUUAGCAGAAUUGCACGACGGAGUAUGUGGAAAUCAUUCUGGAGGACGAUCUCUAGCGCACAGGGCCCAUUCUCAAGGAUAUUAUUGGCCCACGAUGAAGAAGGAUACAGCAGCCUACGUCAAAAAAUGCAACAAAUGUCAACGACAUGCCCCCAUACCACAUAUGCCGUCGGAGACGCUGAAACCAAUUUCAGGUCCCUGA